GCUUUUGGAGACAUGGCAGCCGCAAUUGCCAGCGGUUUGAUCCGGCAAAAGAGGCAGGCACGGGAGCAGCAUUUAGACAGACCCUCCACGAACAGGAGGAGGAAAAGCCCCAACAAGAACAAAGGUCUUUGCAACGGCAACCUUGUCGACAUCUUCUCCAAAGUGCGAAUCUUCGGCCUCAGGAAGAGGAGGCUACGGAGACAAGAUCCCCAGCUCAAGGGUAUAGUGACCAGGUUAUAUUGCAGGCAGGGAUACUACUUGCAAAUGAACCCAGAUGGAUCUCUUGAUGGGACCAAGGAUGACAGCAGUAAUUCUUCAUUGUUCAAUCUCAUCCCUGUGGGCCUCCGAGUUGUUGCUAUUCAGUCCGUGAAGACAGGGUUAUACAUCGCCAUGAAUGGAGAAGGCCAUCUGUACACAUCAGAACUCUUUACGGCAGAAUGCAAGUUCAAAGAGUCAGUAUUUGAGAACUACUACGUGAUCUACUCGUCCAUGUUGUACAGACAGCAGGAGUCAGGGAGAGCCUGGUUUCUGGGCCUCAAUAAAGAGGGCCAGGCCAUGAAGGGCAACCGUGUGAAGAAAACCAAACCAGCUGCUCACUUCCUGCCCAAGCCAUUAGAAGUUGCGAUGUACCGAGAGCCAUCGUUGCACGACGUUGGGGAGACGGUGCCCAAGGCCGCCGUGCCUCCGAGUAAAAGCACAAGCGAGCCAGCCGUGAUGAAUGGAGGCAAACCGGUCAGCAAGCCCGCUAGCAAGCCCAGCACAUAGCCCAGCCGCGGAGCGACCACGUCAGACCCCCCUGCCCCCAGAGAGAGAGCCAGACUCUCCCUGUCCCGUCUGUGGAUCCGGUCCAGACGAGCCCCUCUCCUUUUCCUCUCCUCCUCUCCUCCUCUCCUCUGACUCUCUCCCUUCACUUGGCAGAUCGAUCGCGGAAGCUGUGGCCAAGAGUAGCGCUGAGGAGGAUCCGACUGGACGAAGCAGCUCAACCCGCACCAUGGAAUGCCCUAUCUGAUACGGAAUGCCUUUCUCCCUCCUGCCCCAAACACAAUAACACCCAUCCUCCUUUCCUGUGACUGUGACAAUCCGUGAAAAGUGAAAAGCUGGAAGAGCAGCCGCAGGUGCACCGUUUGAUGACGUCUCUUUUUUUUCCUUUGAGCCCUAUAACGGCGAUGUCUAUUUCAGAUCUAUUUUCUAUACACAGUGAACACCAGCUAUGCUCUGGAGAAAUCAUUCGCUACAGACUGACUUGAGAAACUGCAAGAAAAACAGGACUGUCGUCCUCUAAUUUUCUUUUUUAUAGAGUCUGUUCCUGUGUCUCCUGCUCUGUCUUGCUUUCUUUCUC